UGUCGAUAUUGUUUAAAUUGGUCUGAUUUACGAUUUUGGUGAAACACAAAUCCCUUUCUUCUGAUAACAGGCGGAAGUUUUAAAGGUAACGAGUUGUAUCUAAAUGAAUUUGUAUCGAACAAAACCAUGAAUUGGACCGAGGCUGUUCAGUACUGUAGGACGAGGAACUCUAUCCUCGUGUCAUCUCCCACACAGACAGACCAUGAAUGGAACCACUGGACAAGAAAGCAAUGGAGAAUAUCUCCUUGGAUUCAUGUCAUAGGAUGCUUUAAUGAGACUCAGAUAGACCCGUCACAGACAGUGAAUAACACCUUGACCUCUCCGUCAGUGGUCACGUGUCAACAAGAGUGUUCAACUGCACAUUAUACUUUCUUUGGACUUAAGAACACCAGCUGUGUCUGCCUUAGUGACCCCUUUUCCGUCACAGAAGCCAUUGAUCCACGUUUAUGCAAUACAUCCUGCAGUACAUCCGAGAUCCUUAACGACUGUGGCGGCCCCGGGACAUACAGUGUUUAUUAAGCAGGGGAUUUGAUAUCUUUUGACGAAUAUGACCUAAAUGCAACAUACAUGGCUCUGAAAUGUUCAAAAACAACAUGGACAUUUGUAUAUCUACAAUCCUCCACAUUGACUGUCAACUGCCAAUGUAGACGCCCAGGCACAGAACUUAUUGACACUGUUUACUCUAACUGGAAUUGGAAAGACUGUUACAAGAAUUGUAAAAGAGAGGGACAAUAUUUACAUGGGGAUUACGAUUUGUUGGAUCCAGUUAGUGCCUGCCAAGGAAUUCAGGCAGGAAAUGUUUAAACUUGGGUUGGAAUAGCCAGACAAAAUUUUAUUUCAUUUUCUUCAGAUUUAUCAUACUCUCUACAACGACAAUGUGAUACCUGUCGUCAGAGCAACUGCUCAUUAACUUCCUGUUCUGAAUGUGAUACCUGUCGUCAGAGCAACUGCUCAUUAACUUCCUGUUCUGAUCGUUACCAUGCAGUUUGUAAACAGAGCUUGUUAAAAACAACAAAACCAAAAUCAAGCAGCUCAUUGGCGCCAACAAGUCAAACGUCAAACGUAGCAUCCUCGGUUUCCUCCAAUCCAUUUCAUAAUGAUAACCAAAGUAACGACUUACAUCUACAGAAGUUUGUAUCUAAUACAACCAUGAACUGGGCCGAUGCUGUACAGUACUGCACGGAGAAGAAGGCAACACUCGUGUCUUCUCCCAUACACACCACACAGACAGACCUAGUUAAGGGGUACUGGACAAGAAAGCAAAGGAGAUUGUCUCCUUGGAUUCAUGUCAUCGGGUGCUUUAAUGAGGCUCAGAUAGACCCGUCACAGACAGUGAAAAAGACCUUGACCUCUCCGUCAGUGGUCACGUGUCAGCAAACAUGUUCCAUGGCAUAUUACUUUUUCUUUGGACUUCAGAACACCAGCUGUGUCUGUCUAAGUGACCAUUUUUCCGUCACAGAAGCCAUUGAUCCACGCUUAUGCAAUACAUCCUGCAGUACAUCCGAGGUCAUUAACGACCGUGGCGGCCCCGGGACAUACAGUGUUUAUAAAGCAGGAGAUUUAGUAUAUCUUGACGAGCAUGACCUAAAUGCAAGAUACAUGGCUCUGAAAUGUUCAGACACAACAAGGAAAUUCGUUUAUCUGCAAUACUCUUCUUUGACUGUCAACUGCCAAUGUAGACGCCCAGGCACAGAGCUUAAUGACACUGUUUACUCAAACUUGAAUUGGAAAGACUGUUACAAGAAUUGUAAAAGAGAGGGACUAUAUUUACAUGGGGAUUACGACGUGAUGAAUCCAGUUAGUGCCUGUCAUGGAAUUCAGACAGGAAAUGGUUAUACUUGGGUUGGAAUAGCCAGACAACAUUUUACUUUAUUUUCGUUAGGUACAUAUGAAAUAAAUCAGUUGCUAGCAUGUAUGGUUUUGCCACUCUAA